AUGAACCCCUCAAUGAUGGCCACGCGCAACGCGCUUCCUCUCAGCAACCCAGCAACACUCAUAUACAUCCACGAGAAGACGGCCACCACCGACGCAAGGACGACCACAAGAACCACCGACAUCGCCCUCUCGAAACCUCGUAAUUCAACACGGACAAGACUUUCGCUCAAGAUGAAAGAGCUGUUCUCCAGCAACAAGACGGAGCGGCGGGAACAGGACCUGGCCGAUCAGCCAGCGAGGAAGAGCGCCUUCUACCGGCAGUUUAUUGAGGCAAGAGCAUUCGUCAGUACUGGACUUCGUCGAUAG